AAAAAGGCAAAUUAAGCUCCAGUUAAUCUUGCUUGUAUGCUUUCAUUUGUUACUAAUUCUUGUAGCAAAUGCAUAAGGCAUAAAAUGUGCAGUUUUGAGAUGUUGCUUGUAUGCUUUCAUUUGUUACUAAUUCUUGCAGCAAAUGCACAGGCUCAGAAAACGUUGGGUUUUACGUCUGCCAAUUCAAGUUUUAAAAUUGCAAUUUUUGCAGAUUUACAUUAUGGCGAAAAUGCAUGGUCAGAUUGGGGUCCCCAAAACGACCAAUCGUCCACUAAGGUUAUGUCCACUCUGCUAGAUGAUGAAAAACCAGAUUUUGUGGUUUUUCUGGGAGAUGUUAUCACAGCCAACAAUUUGCUUGUGAGGAAUGCAACCAAGUACUGGGAGCAGGCCAUUUCGCCCACCAGGAGUAGGAGCAUACCUUGGGCUUCUGUGUUUGGUAACCAGGACGACGCGGCAUUUGAAUGGGAAAAUGAAGAAAAGGAAUGGCUUGGAAGCGUGGGAUUGCCAAGCAUUCAGUGUCCAAAUUCUUCUUUGGCAGCAGGAGUUGAACAAAUGGUUGACUGCUAUUUCCAAAGGACAACCCGUGCUGAGUUAAUGCAGAUGGAUGCGCAACAAAGUUUGUCUCACUCAUCAUUUGGACCUCAAAGUCUUUGGCCCAGUGUAUCAAACUAUGUUCUCGAGAUUGCUUCUUAUAAGAAUCCUACAUCACCAGCAGCCUUGUUGUACUUCUUAGAUUCAGGUGGUUCUUGCCCUGAACUGAAAAAUGGUUCUUGCACUAAAAGUGGCUCUUACCCUGGACUAAUUUCAGAAAUUCAAGGAAAAUGGUUUCAGCAAACAGCGGCCCAAAAAAAUCCCGACUCGAGGAUUCCAGAAAUUGUCUUUUGGCAUAUACCUAGUCAAGCCUACAAAGAUGUUGCCCCUCCUCCUGGCUACCCAAUCAAGGAUCCCUGUGUUGGCUCAUUAAAUGAAGGGCAAGUUGCUUCACAAGAUGAGGAAUUGGGAAUUAUGGAUAUCUUGACAAAUAGAACAUCAGUUAAGGCUGUAUUUGUUGGUCAUAACCAUGGUUUGGAUUGGUGCUGCCCAUCUAAGAACCAGUGGCUAUGUUAUGCUCGGCAUACUGGUUAUGGAGGUUAUGGUACUUGGCCAAAGGGGGCUAGAAUUUUGGAGCUUGUUGAAGAAAAUUUUCAACUUAAAUCAUGGAUUAGAAUGGAGGAUGGAACAAUCCAUAGUAAUAUUACAAUAACUUCUGCAUGAAAGAUUGAUAUAAAUCUAACUAGGUCGAUAUGAGUUAGCUUAAACUUUGAUUUUGUGAGGUCUACUAUUUGAUAGAACCUGCUUUGACACUAUUUUGAUUCGAUCGACUACAUUCACUAUGACACAUUAUAUCAUUUUUAUGAUAUUGAUGAUUUAGACGCUUAUGCUAUAUUAGAUUUUGAUUAUUUAU